ACCUUAGCGAAACAAGAGUGGUAAGUGACGUUCACAUUCACCUGCGUCGGCGACGAUACCCCAGUCAUACUUGGUGUAUCGAGCAAACCGCUUCUAUAUACAAACUCUUUGGAAUAUCGUUAUUUUUUUAAUUGUGUUGUGCCAGUAUCCUAAGAAACAAUUCAAAAUGGCGGCAGGGAGGCAUUGGAUAAAUGUAUUUGCAUUAUUAGCCACUGUGACGAUCGUCUCAUGCGUCCAAGUUGAGGACCCUUGCAAGCUCAAAUCCCGUGUGACCGCUGAUGAUAAGUACUGCGAUAAGUACUGGGAGUGUGAGAACGGUCAAGCAGUGCAGUACGACUGUCCCAAUGGUCUGGUGUUCGCGGGCAAACACAGGGGGGUGACGGAGGGCUGCGACUACCCGUGGAGAUCGAAUUACUGCGAGUACCCUAAAGUGCAGAUAAACCCACCUAUCGGCACUGAGCACUGCGACUGGCUAUACGGGAUCUUCGGCCACGAGACCUCCUGCACAAGGUACUGGACCUGCUGGAACGGCACUGCGACUGAACAGCUCUGCAUUGGAGGUCUCCUGUACAAUGAGAACGCCCAUUCCUGCGACUGGCCGGAGAAUGUUGAUGGUUGUCAGAAGCAUCCUCUCUGCAAUGAGGACCCUAACGGUAACGUGCCGCUCGGCAAGUCCUGCAACCGCUACUGGCAGUGCCAGGGCGGCUACCCGCGGCUUCAGCGCUGCCCCGCUAUGCUGGUGUUCGACCGUCGCUCGCUGAGGUGCGUGGUGCCUCCCACUGAAGAGUGUGACGUGCCAACUACCACCGCCCCACCACCAGAAGAGGAGCAAGAACAGAGGCAACAGCAGAUCCCGCACAAGUCCAACCGUCCAAGCAAGGAGUACAACCAGGAUGGACAACGCCCGAGACCCAGAAACUAAAGACUAUCCAAAGGCAUCGUAUUCAUUGCCAAAUUUAAUUUAGACUUUAAAUAUAUCCAAAGUAGAUUUAAAAUAGACGAGCAAUAGACAUGUUGAUUGAGACGUAUUGGAUUAGAAAGUGUGAGGUUAUUGGUAUGGCUCUAUUUCAGACGAAGAAAUAAUUAGCUAUUUAUGUGUUUAUUUCUGAGAUCAGAUGAUAUAUUAUCUUAUUUUUGUUAUUUUUUGGAAGCUUAGUUAGCUUACUUUUUCAAAACACAUUCUAGAAUUGGAACUAGAAAUAUUUUUAAAAGCUGAUACAUCUUCACUGCAAACGUUUUAAUAUACAAUGCCUAUUAUGUAGUUUAUUUAAAACCUUCCUUCAUCUUGGAGAUUAGUUAUGAAGUAUAUACUCCAAAGGCUCUCAAAGGGAAAAGUUUUAUCGUGCCUCCAUGUUUGCUUUUCAACUUCUCAUAUUCCAUAUGUUAAUAAUAUUCCCCACCCUUAUUCGUUUAAGUGUUUCAUCGACGAGCGUCUAAACCGACGCGGCUUUCUCAGAUGUUCAAAAAAGACAUUGUUUUCUAGUACUAACGAUUUAUUGAUGGACCAAUUGAAUAUUGCAAUGAAUUUGUUUAAUGUAAGAAAGAUCUGAUCAUUUUUAAUAGAAUUAACGUACGCAGCUAUGCUAUAUAUGUAUUGUAGACAGCCUUGUGUAGCAUAAUUAAUUGAAUGAUGUUCUGAUGAAAUUAGAAACGCCGCAACCCAAGCGUUCGUUGAUGUUACGAGUAUGCUUCUUAAUUAGGGCUAUUUAGAUAUGUGUAAAUUAUCUUCGAAAUGAUUUGUGAAAGAAAUACUCAAUUAACAGACAUUAUCCAUUAGUUUAAGCAUAAGUUAAUUUUAGGUUAAAUAAAAGUACGUCAUAAAUUUAUAA